AGAGCGGGCCUCCAACCACCGAGCUUCCAACCCGGAGCGGCCCCUUCCGCGGCGCGGCGCGGCGCGACGCAUGCGCGCGGUUUCGCUUGGCGGCGGCGUGCGAGGGGCCCGGUGCCAUGGGACCGGUGCUGAACCUCAACAACGAGGUUGUGAAGAUGAGAAAAGAUGUGAAGAAAGUCCGAGUCCUGACUAUUCGCAGACUAACCAGACACAUCGGGAAACUGAAGUUGAAAAGGGGUUCAGAAGACCUCAAAUUAAAGAACCAAAAACGAGUUGAGAGAUUAAUAGAAGAAAUCCAUGCUAUGAAGGAAAUAAAGCCAGAUCAAGUUACCAGACUUGCACUUAGGAAGGAAGUUAAUUUUGAAAGUGUCUGCAAAAAGUGCCUUGACAUUGCUUCCAGGAGGAUCUGUUCCAUGAUCUUGCCAGGCACAAAGCCAAAGGCAACUGCAAGUGAGCGAGCCAUUGCAAGACUUGCAACACACCCCUUCUUGAAACACAAAAUUGCUGAACUUAAAGCUGCUGUAAAAGCGUUUAAGGAUGCAAGACAGGACCCAAACAAAGCCAAUCCUGCGAAAAAGGAUACAUCAGAAGCACAGCCUAAAUCAGGACAACACUCCAUUAGCAGUUUGGAUGAACGAGUACUUAAACCAGCUCAAAAAAAGCAGGGAUAUGAAAACAAAACAAAAAUGGGUGUAAAAAUACAAACUAACAGAGGGGCUGAAGAACUCUGUGACAGUGAAUCUGAACAGAAAAUUAUGGAAAUGGAGAGAACAUGCAGUCCAAAAGAGUUUUCAUUUCAGACAGUAGAAAUGCCACAAGUCACUCAGAAUAAAACAGGAAAGAAACUUGGCUAUAAAAAAAGGAAAGAAAAUAUGAAUGUGAACAAAUUAACUGCAAAGAAAAAAAUAAUUAGUGAUGAUAGCGACCUGGAACAAAAUAGUGAAGAGGAGUACUUUGAUGAUAGUACUGAAGAGAGGUUUUAUAACCAGACAUCAGAUUCUGACAGUGAUAGCAAUGAUGAUUUCUUCAUUGGCAAAGUAAAAAGAAAGAAAAAAAUAACGGCAGCUAGUGAUCUUUCUUUAGUAAAAGAUAAGAACAAGCUUCAGGAAAACAUACUGAAGAAAGAAAAGAACACAGGAUCUGGUACAGUGCAAGAUUUGAUCGUAGAAGAAGGAAAGCCCUGUGCAAAAGCAAAGAAGCUAGAAUCAGUGUUCUGCAGUUCUUUGUCCACUACCUCCAAUCAGAAAUCCCAAAACAGAGGAAGAAAUACUAAAGACCAGCCUCUCAAAAACAGGAGAACAGCUCUUGUUAAAAAGGAACCACAGCUCAAAAAGCAACCAUUUGCAAAAGGUUCGGGUCUUAAAUGUGACAGUAAGAAACCAUGUUUGGAGCAGCCUCUUCAUCCUUCAUGGGAAGCAAGCAAGAGACGUCGGGAACAAAUGUCUCAAAUUACAGCAUUCCAAGGAAAAAAGAUUAAAUUUGAUGACUAGACUGUAUGUAAAUUGAGAUUUUAAAAUACAAUUCUUGUAAAUUUGCAUCCUGUGGUACUUUCUUAUGAAGUAACAACCACUGUUUGAACGCUUUUUCUCUGGGAUAAGGAUGGAAAUAAGACUAGAAAUCUUCACUGAGAUAAAAUUUUACAUGUCUCCAAAUUCAUGCAUUUUUAAGCCACAUUUAGGUGUCUUUAUAAAUUAUUUUUACUAAACCUUCGUUAUCCUUUGCAGUCUAUAAAAAAGCAUUGUUAUUAGAUUGCUUCAUUUACUGAGCGUGCUGUCUGUUGACUAAGGUAUGGGCAUAUGGAGUUGGUUUAUAAGUCCUGUUACAUAAUGCCACCAUUUAUGAAAUACAUCCUAGUGUGAAUGAAUGGGCUUUAGGAACACCCUUUGUGCUGUGUAGGAGUAGUACAGACUCUCUGGAGCUUUUUUUUUGUAAAAAUGUACUUCUAACUGCUUGAGGGCUUGUAUUUCAGGUGAGAGGUGAGAAUAUAAAAUACCUCUUCUGAAGUGAUAAUUUUAGGACUAUAUUAUCAAAUAUAUCUCGGGUGAGAAGAAAAGAUCUCUUAAACAUGAAUAGACUUCACAAAUUCAUGGAUGUAUCAGGUAUCUCAAAAAUCCACUCUGUAAUGCACGCGGUAUCAAAACAAUAAAAUAUUGGCCUGUUAAAUU